CCGGGUGUCUCUGACAGGAUUUUCUACGGCGCUUUGGGGGCGACUUUUUGGUCUUCCGCCUUUUGCCACCGCCCCCCAACCUCCCACACCCCUGCAGGCCCUGCCUCUUCUUGUGUCGCUCCUCCCCGGCCGCCGAGCCCAGGGCUUAGAUCGCAAUCUGGAUCCGGAUCCGGGCCUAGCCCUUCCGCGGGCUGCUACCUCCUGCGGCUCGGGUGGGAGCUGCAGCCGAGCGCGCGGGGCCUUCGCUGCUCCGGCCCGGGAGCUGCUGGGCGGGCAGUGCCGAUAGGCCCUGCUGAGCCCUUCCCCGAGGACACCUGUAGAAGAAUACAUGUUCACUUAUAGUGAACAAGAGCAUGUUCCCAAACUCAAUUUUGGGUCGCCCGCCUUUCACUCCAACCCAUCAACAACAUAACUUUUUUGCCCUGUCACCAACUCUUUAUUCACACCAGCAACUUUUAGAUGCACAAUUCAAUUUUCAGAAUGCAGAUUUGUCUAGAGCUGUGUCAUUACAGCAGUUGACAUAUGGAAAUGUCAGUCCAAUACAGACCUCAGCUUCUCCAUUAUUUCGAGGAAGGAAGAGAUUAAGCGAUGAAAAAAACCUUCCUCUUGAUGGUAAACGGCAACGUUUCCAUUCACCCCACCAAGAGCCAACUAUAGUUAACCACAUAGUGCCUUUAUCAGGUGACAGAAGAUAUUCAAUGCCGCCAUUGUUUCAUACACACUAUGUACCAGAUAUAGUCAGAUGUAUUCCACCUUUUCGAGAAACACCAUUUUUAGAACCUAGAGAACUCACACUGCCUGAGGCCAAAGAUAAGUUGAGUCAACAGAUAUUGGAGUUAUUUGAAGCAUGUCAGCAGCAAGUAAGUGACUUAAAGAAGAAAGAAUUAUGUCGAACACAACUACAGAGAGAAAUUCAGAUGUUAUUUCCACAAAGCAGACUCUUUUUGGUUGGGUCCUCUUUAAAUGGAUUUGGUACCAGGAGCAGUGAUGGUGAUUUAUGCUUGGUUGUUAAAGAGGAACCGUGUUUUUUUCAGGUAAAUCAGAAGACUGAAGCACGGCAUAUACUCACCUUAGUCCAUAAACACUUCUGUACUAGACUUUCUGGCUACAUUGAGAGACCUCAGCUUAUAAGAGCAAAAGUGCCAAUUGUGAAGUUCAGGGAUAAAGUCAGUUGUGUGGAGUUCGACUUGAAUGUAAACAAUAUUGUUGGAAUAAGAAAUACAUUCCUUCUAAGAGCUUAUGCAUAUCUUGAAAAUCGAGUGCGUCCGUUAGUUCUGGUGAUUAAGAAGUGGGCAAAUCACCAUGAGAUAAAUGAUGCCAGUCGUGGUACUUUAAGCAGCUAUAGUCUUGUGUUGAUGGUUUUGCACUAUUUACAAACCCUACCUGAACCCAUCCUUCCAUCCAUCCAAAAAAUUUACCCAGAAACUUUUAGUCCUGCCAUACAGCUGCACCUUGUACAUCAAGCUCCAUGUAAUGUUCCUCCUUACCUCUCAAAAAAUGAAUCAAAUCUUGGGGACCUCUUACUGGGCUUUCUUAAAUACUAUGCUACAGAAUUUGACUGGAACAGUCAGAUGAUUUCAGUUCGUGAAGCCAAAGCCAUUCCCAGACCUGAUGGUAUUGAAUGGAGAAAUAAAUACAUCUGUGUAGAAGAACCUUUUGAUGGAACAAAUACAGCCAGAGCUGUGCAUGAAAAGCAGAAGUUUGACAUGAUCAAGGAUCAGUUUUUAAAGUCAUGGCACAGAUUGAAGAACAAAAGAGAUUUGAACAGUAUACUACCAUUAAGAACUGCUAUCCUGAAAAGAUAAUUGACCUCUCUUUCUUAAUAAAUUCUUCUGAGAAAUAAAGAACAAAAGUAACAGCAUAAUACAUUUUAUUUACCUCCAUCAUGAUUUCUUUUUGAUUGUUCUUGCUUUCAUGUUUUGUUUUUUAAAGGACAUACUAUAUAAAGAUUGCAUAUUUUAUUAUGACAUUUCCUAAUAAAACCCUUUGAUUUAAAGGUG